AUGAUUCUAAAUCCUCAAUCAUUCACCUACGAUGGUAGCGAGACCACCGAGGACGUCUUAUCCACCCUAACCGAUCCAUCCCACACCGCGUCGCGGCGAUCCACCAUGGAAAAGGAGUACAUCCUCAAAGUCGUCGUCGUUGGCGAUCACAACGUCGGGAAGACGACGCUUGUCCAGCGCCUGCUCACGGCGCGGCUGCCGACCCCCGAUGAGAAGGAAAUGGAGGCGGCGGCGGAGGCGGAGGCGAUCCCGUCCGUCCGCCCGACGAUCGGCGCGGAUUUCUCCUCCCGCGUCGUGGCCCACGUCCUGCCGCGAACGAACCUGCGGCUUCAGAUUUGGGACAGCGCCGGCCUGGAGCGUUACGGCGGCCUGGACGCGACCCUCUUCCGUGGGGCCUCCCUCGUCCUCGGCGUUUUCGACUGCGGCGACCUCGUGGGCCUUCAACGGCUCUGUGAAGGCCCCCUCACGCGGGCCCUCGCCCACGCCCCGGCCCUCGCGCAGAGAGGCCUCUUCGUCGUGGCAAAUAAGGUGGACCGGCUCAAGGGGAACGGGGGACCAGAGGAGAGUAACAGGGAACUAGAGAAAGGGGGGGCUGCUGCAAGCCUGCGCGAGGUGCAGGACCUCCUCGCGCGGUAUUUCCCACGGGCUAACUACGCCGAGGUGAGCGCGACCCGGCGGACCGGCGUCUCGGCACUGCUCGGCGGGAUCUGCGAAGUCCUCCUGCGCGAUGCCGGCCUCGGGCUGGAGACGGCUGCCCCGGCUGGAUCGUGGCAGUCAAAGGGCUUGCGCUCUUUUGACCUCGGCGAGGAGGAGCCAAGGUUGGUCGAGGCGGCGGACAGUGCUGGUUGGGACGUAGCCGAUUUUUCUCCCCGGGAGGGAGGCGAUUCCGAAAUCAUUGCGGUCUCGCAUCCCACAACGCUCCAGCGCGAUGCUGAAAAGGUGCGAACUCCACCUCGUUACGAUUCUUUGACACAUGAUGCCGAUUUAGAGGCGACAAUAACCUCUCCUUUUUUCCCCAGGGACGCUGUGGUCGACGGAGCGUCAGAAGCACAUGGUGUGCUGGGAUGUCUGCCUGGUACCUUAUCUCCACACCAUGGUGAUUUAAAGCCUGAGCCACCUAGAACUGGUAGCGAUAAAGACUACACAAGCCCUGAUCACACUAGAGAGGGUUAUGGAAUGAACAAAAGGAGGAUCCUUCAAUCUACACUCGAGGAAGUGAACUGUGGGGGAUCUGAGGAAGAUGAUGAUGACGGUGCAAAAUUCAGGGAGACCAUUCGGAAGCGCUUUGAUGAAAUUGAGCAAGCCUCAGGUUUUAAAAAACCCACAAAGAAUAAGAAUAUACUAUCUGAGGAUAAUGUGAAGAACGCUGAGGGAACAGCAUACGGUACAAAGAAAAAAAGAGCAGUAGGCAAGCACAAAAAACAUAAAUUUAACUGCGACUGUGCUGUGAUGUAG